GAUCCACAGUUGAACUACCCUGGGCCGUGGAGGGUGCACAAGAUCUGCCCGUCCAUUGGUCGUGGCGGUCCAAAGUUCGCCCCGAGUCUCCUCCGGUGACGCUAUACGAGGAACCGGUCGCAGCCAGCUCUGGCAGCGGCGUCGAAAAGGAGGGCACCAAUCAGCUGGUGACCUUUAAACGACCCUGGGGCUCGCGUUACGAGUUUGUGCAAGGCAAAGUUGGCAAUCUGCGUCUGAUUAACGUCUCAGUGGAGGACUCGGGCGAGUACAUUUGCGAGUCACUCGUCGGACGCGUGGCUCGGGUUGUCUACACUCUCAAAGUCCGCGCACCAAUCAGCGUGCGGAUUCAGCCACGCCAACGUGUCUGUGAUUUUGGCGCUCGGGUCGAACUGGAGUGCAGGGUGAGCGGCUAUCCUCAUCAGGUGAUCUACUGGCUACACGACGCCAAGCCGACUUCACCCCUGAGACAGCAGAUUGUCCGCCGGUCGCCCGCCCCCGAUGCGCCGGCAUCUGCGGAAGUGCGAGAGCGUCUUAUCAUAAAUUCGUUCUCUCUAGAGGAUAUUGGAGUGUAUCAGUGUGUGGCAGAGAGCAGUCUCAUGGACACCGCGACCUCUCCCGCAGCGGGCGGUCGUGGACGAAUAGGGGAGCUGAGGGAAAGUACCUCCUCUUCUUCACCAUCUUCCUCGUCCCCGGCCUCUUCUUCAGCC